AAGUGGUGAUGGAACAUAGUUUAUGUAAUACUUCGCACUACCGAAGGGGGGUGAUAUAAAAAGCCCAAAACUUUAAAGCCCAGAAGAUAAUCGUGAAACGUGUGUGUACAAGCAACAGCAGACAACAUUGUUGCUGUAGACUCGCAGUAUUGAUGUUUGACUUCUAUUGCAGCCCGGGUCACGUGAGGAUCAGAGACUUGAAGACAAGCUCGAUCGAUCCAUUGAACUCGUCGCUGCGUGUCGUCUUUUGUUUGAUCAGAUGUUUGAUACUCGAGUAGGAUGGGCUUUCACACCUGGCGCUGUUUACAUCAGACCUUAAGCGACUUCGGAGCUAGUGUUGUUUUGGCUUUUUAAGUUAUAACGCGAUCUAACGUUAGUAAAAUUAAAAACAGGACGACUGCGGACUUUUUUCAUAAUUUUUCCUGAUGUCGGACUGCAGCUCGUCGGCUUCAGAUGAGGAUUUGGAUCCGGAGAUAGAGCUGCCGGACGAGCUCGGCGGCACGCUCACUAAGUGGACAAACUACAUUCAUGGAUGGCAGGACCGCUGGAUUGUGCUGAAGGGCAAUAUUCUCAGUUACUACAGGUCAGCAGAUGAGAAGGAGUUCGGCUGUAGAGGGUCCAUCUGUCUCAGCAAGGCUGUCAUCACGCCUCAUGAGUUUGAUGAGUGCCGGUUUGACAUCAGUGUGAACGACAGCAUAUGGUACCUGAGGGCUGAACAUCCUUUGCUCCGGCAGCAGUGGAUCGAUACCAUUGAACUUCACAAGGCUGAGUCAGGCUAUGGGUCUGAGAGCAGUUUACGCCGCCAUGGCUCCCUACUGUCCCUCACCUCUGCCGCCAGCGGCCUCUCCACCACCUCCGCAUCCUCCUGCAAGAAUGUUCAUUUGCAAACUGUUGAACAGAAGGGAUACAGCCUGCGGGAAAAGCUAGCGGAAAUGGAGACUUUCCGGGACAUUCUUUGCAGACAGGUGGACACAUUGCAGAAGUAUUUUGACAACUGCGCAGAUGCUGACAGUAAAGAUGAGCUCCACAGGGACAAAGUAUCUGAGGAUGAGGAAGACUUUCCAACCUUACGACCAGAUGGAGAUUAUCUGCUCAACAACAACAAUAGCAGCAAAGAGAAAUUAUUCCCUGUGGACAACCUCAAAGGUCCCUUAGGCAUCGAUUUCAAGGGUGAAGCCAUCACAUUUAAAGCUACUACAGCAGGAAUCCUGUCCACACUGUCCCACUGCAUUGACAUUUUGGUCAAACGAGAGGAGAGCUGGCAAAGACGACUUGAUAAGGAAAUCGAAAAGCGAAAACGGGCAGAAGACGCAUACAAAGCUGCAUUGACGGAGCUGAAGAAGAAGCCUCAUUAUGGAGGACCAGACUAUGAAGAAGGACCAAACAGUCUGAUCAAUGAAGAGGAGUUCUUUGAUGCUGUGGAAGCUGCGUUGGAUAAACAUGACCAGAUCGAAGAGCAAUCCCAGGCAGAAAGGAGCAGGGCAUCUCGACAGAUCUCCCUCACUCCAGACACCUGUUCCUCCAUCAGCACUCAGAAAUACUUGACUAAGCCUCGCAGUCAAACUUCCUCCUUAUCCUCCGUUGACCUCAUAAGUGCCUCCGAUGACGUGCACAGGUUCAGUGCUCAGGUUGAGGAGAUGGUGCAGAGCCACAUGAAUUACUCUUUGCAGGAUGUGGGUGGAGAUGCUAACUGGCAGCUGGUUGUUGAAGAAGGGGAUAUGAAGGUGUACAGGAGAGAAGUGGAGGAGAACGGCAUCGUUCUGGAUCCUUUCAAAGCUACGCAUGCUGUCAGAGGGGUCACAGGUCACGAGGUCUGCCACUACUUUUGGGACACAGCUUUUCGGAACGACUGGGAAACAACUGUUGAAAGCUUUCAAGUGGUUGAGACACUCUCAGAUAAAGCGGUCAUCAUUCAUCAGACACAUAAGAGGGUGUGGCCUGCUUCCCAGAGAGAUGUGCUUUACAUAUCAGUCAUCCGAAAAAUUCUCUCCACUAAUGAGAAUGAUCCAGACACCUGGCUGGUGUGCAACUUCUCAGUGGAUCAUGACGGCUAUCCACCUUCUGCUAGAUGCAUUCGUGCCAAAAUCAAUGUAGCCAUGAUCUGUCAAACACUAAUCAGCCCACCAGAGGGAGACAAAGAGAUCACCAGAGACAACAUCCUCUGUAAAAUCACAUAUGUAGCCAAUGUAAAUCCUGGAGGUUGGGCUCCUGCAUCAGUCCUGCGAGCUGUAGCCAAGAGAGAAUACCCCAAGUUCCUUAAACGCUUCACCUCAUAUGUUCAAGAGAAGACCAGUGGUGAGGCUAUUCUCUUCUGAACAACACCAGGUUGUUUAAUCUACAUUCCCAGUUUGCUUUCUGACUCAAAUGAAGAAACGCCUUAUUCACAAUGCUCUACCAUCAGAGAGAGCUGCUCUGCCCAAGUGCUCUUGACACUCUUCUGAAACCUUUUAAACCCGUAUCCAUACAGGCGCUACACCAAAACCAAAAAUGGUACAAAGUCUGUAAAAGCACCUUUGAAGAGUGCAAACACACUAGAAUAACCAACACAGCCUGUUCAUCUUCAGAAGGCCUUACUUGUUUUUCUGUAAAUGAGCUAUGGCUCAGGUUUUAUUAAAGUAAUUUACAUUUUUGUAAAUAUUUGAUCAGAGUUUGAGGUCUGACUAUGGCCUUGAUGAGAUAUACAUAUGCUGUAAACUUGAUGCCUUGAUCUAAUCCCAGCAUCUUCUCAGCUGUACGUGAGCUUUCUCACUGGCCAUUUGUUUUAGGAAGACCCUUUUCUAGCCCCAAUGAUCAGUAGGAUGUCAGGAACUUCAGAUCUUUUGUACAGUUAGUAUCUAAAUGUUUAAGAUUAUUUACAUAUGAAGGCAUUAUACAUUUUGAUCAUUGUAAUUCAUUAAUGUGGCUUUAGGCAAAGUGUACAUUUAUUGGGAAGUGCUUGUAUAAGACGAUAAUCAAAGUAGAGAGGGUAUUUUGGUAGACGUGAAAAGUUGGUAAUGACUUGUAUUGGACCACAAUUGCCUUUCUUUUUUUGUCUUGUAUUUCUUUUCUUUUCAUUUUUUUCUUGUUUUAAAGUUGUCACUUUAUUUGCGACUUUUUGGGACCCUUAAAUGGCAGUUUCAACAAUGUCAAUCCACUUCUUAAAGAAUUGGUUCAUCACUACCUGUUGGGCUUCCAUCUACACAAUUUAUGUAGAAUUACUGCAGUUGUGCCAUCUAUGCUUAUGAAAGAAAGGGAAUUGUAAUAGAAUUUCACAGGGGGUUUUUUUUGUCACUUUUUGUGGUCCAAUUCACUAUAUGGAGCAGUUAAUAUAUUAAGCACAUUUUUAACUAUCACUAGUCUUAAAGGGUAGUUCAUGCAAAAUGACCAUUUUUCCUCAUCCUCAUGUUGUUCCAAACCUGUAUGACUGACUGACUUCUGUAGAACACAAAAGAAAAUGUUUUUCUCCGUACAGUGGAUGUCAAUGGUAACCAAAUCUGCUUGGUUACCAACAUUCUUUAAAAUAUUUUUUGUGUUCUUUUGAAAGUCAUUCAGGUUUGGAACAAGUAAAGUAAAUGAUUUUUAUUUUUGAGUGAACUAUCCUUUUAAAAAAGGCCUCGAGGUCAUGAUUUCUUAGAUAAAUGAAAUGCACAUGUAAGACACCACCAUUCAUUUAAGUAUGCAUCAUAAUAUGUUCAAUAUAUUUUCUGUAACAUUGUUUGCACUAAACAAUCUUAUUUUUUUGUUUCAUAAUCCCAUUAUAGUCUUUCCAUACUAAUACUUGAGUUCAGAACGCCUAAUUUGAUGUGUGUAAGGUGCAAGUUAUGAAUUCAUUGCAUUACUUGCCUGGCUGCCACUACAGAUUUGCAGCUGCAGUUCUGCUUCGAGCACUUUUAUUUAGUUUAAUGGUGUGAAACUCUUUGCUCAUGACAGCAGGAACAAGAAACUUUCUGAACUUUCUGGUUUUAUUUUGAGAUUGAUCUACAAAUGUUGAAAGCUUUUCGGAAAGAAAAGUUUUGUAAAUGACUUCUUUCUAAAUGUAUGUAGUAUUACCAAUUUAUUAAUGGAACCAAAUUUUAUGAAAAAAAAAUCACUUUUUCAUUUGAUGUUCUUGCCUAUAGUUUGUUAAUCUCAUUUAAGGAUUAUUUUCUGUGUUGUUGAGGUUCAUACAGGAGGAAUAUCUUGCUGUACAAUGCAAUAACCUACAGUAUCUCA